UGAUAUUUAAAUGAGGCCAUUCGGGUUUGAUUUUUCCCAUAUCCAAACAUAUUAUUUAUUUAGAGGCGCCAACAAUACUAGAAUUGUCCCUUAGUGCUUCGACCCGUGCUUCCUCCAGUACAGCAGGCAGCAUGCCUUCCAUUGAAUUGGAGAAUUGGGAUAGGGACAGCAUUACGGUAGUGGCAUCCAGCACCAGAACUUCAAUAGACACCACUGGCGAAGACGGCACCGUACACAUUUCACAGUCGCAGAGCUCCCAGCGACAGCAACCGCAACGUGUAAAUUCAUCAGCGGAUCGAACGGGAACACCAGCAGGAGCGCCUAAUCAGCCCUCACAGCAGGGAUCGCAACAAGAUCCGGAACAGUCUGAAGGAGAAUCAGAAUCCGGAUCAACAUCGCAAGGCCAGCAACAAGUUCCAAUACCAGUUCCGACACCAGUUCCAGCGCCAGUCCCAGCACAAACAGAGCAACAGACUGCCAGUCUAGUAUGGCUGCAAAGGAUCGUAACAAAGACAUGGAAAUUGGCUAAAGAAGUAUGGGACAAAGGAAUUAAACAUCGGCAGGCAGAAAUUGCUGUAGUGGCACUAAUAAUUGGCGUUCUCAUGGUAUCGCCAACCUUUGGUCAAUACGCCGGGUCUCUCUGGUCUAAUGCAGUGACUUAUCAAAGCUGGUGCAAAAGCGAGCAGGAAGCAAAUCAUACUCUUACUUCUAUGUGCAACAUGAUCGUGAACAAGCCAAUGCCACCACCACCAGGACUGAAUGAAGUAUUCAAAGAUAUUGGACGGCGAGAUGCUGCACCAACUAAUAUGCCCAAACCCCCAGUCCCCAUCUGGCCCACUCCCACAAAAGAGGAACUGGAAGCAGCGCGUGCCUUCGCGAAUGGUCCGGUCGGCACUGGCAUCUACUUUGCUAUCCAUGGCUUCAUCGCACUCAUGCUUCGACUAGAAGCCGAAUCCGGAAAAUGGGCACGGUUUCUCUUUAUUUUCAAUCUGUUCUGGUUUUUCCGCAGAAUCACUCUCGUACAGGCCGUGGCCAGUGUCUGUUUGCUGAUGGACUGGUGUUAUUGGCUGCGUAAGGUAGGUGUCAGAGGCCCAUCACUAGGUGCUCUAGCCGUGCUGCCUAUCUUGUACGGGGUAGGGUACAUGUCGGAGAAAUCUUUUACGAUAAAGAUAAUCUUGAGUGUUGUUUCGGUAUUAAUUGUAGGAGACCAUUACUCACAAAAGCUUCUUCCUAUGCUUCAGAUAUUGGAAAGAUAUCCCGCUUCAACUAAGCAGGAUACAUGAAAUUGAUCGGUCUUUGGGUGAGUAAAAAUGUAUUCUUAUUGAAAUAACUGGUCGGAUAACGGAAAUUAAUGGUCUCAAUAGUCUCUUUGGUAUUAGACACCUGCUUUCAUAUAUUCUCAAUAAUGUUCUCAUAUUUUGCCUUCAACUGCACAUACCUUCACAUUUGAUCGGCUGACCUAGAGAGAAAGGGGUGUAUAUAAAUUAGUUCACAAUACUAGAACAUACCAAUGAUUAUAUUAGUUAAUUAUCAA